AGUUGAUUAUGUCUAUCGAAAUUGCGAUCCCGCCUAUAUACCCAUACGCUAAGCAUGCCUUGAAGCAUGUCUUUUGAGAUAAAAAGAAAUAAUAACACAUAAUACCUUCGCUUUCCUUUCUAUCUCUCGCGUUUUGUGUUUCGAGAGUCGCAAGUAAUUUCCAAAAAGUGGGACAAACUAGCAAUACGACAAAUUUGGCUAUAACCUCAGACAACGUCGCAAUUGGCCUUACAACAUGCAAACAGUUUUUGUUGGAGCUAGUUCUGUCGUAGAGCCAAAGCGGGUUAGAAAUUCACCAAGCUUCUCUAUAUCGCAGCUGGCUAGCACCUAUCACUUUUCAUGCAAUAAGUUGAUUCAACUAUCAGGGAGAAAGUCCAACAACAACUUAAAAGUUUCACCUGAUAGAAUAACGGAAGCUCAUUUUCGAAGGGGAGAGCUGUUUGAGCUUUCGCUUAAGAACUCUCUGGAUAAUGUCAUCGACUGUACCAACGCCGACCCGACGAAUGCAAGACUCAUAUUACAGUCAGCUCAGCCCGGUCAGUGCCUAUACCAACUUCCACUGAAAGUACCAUCCGUAUGGUACGAACAGUUCAACAUUGGUAGAAAGUACAAGAUCAGGAUCUUCAUACCCGACUUUAUUUUUGUGAAUGGCACGGGCCAACAGCGGACACUGAGAAUUAUCGAUGCAAAGGCUGCAAAAGGGACGACAAUUUCGCACCAGUUCCAAGUAGCUUCGUAUGCUUAUUUCCUGAAAUACAUCAUUCGUAAUAUGCGCGGUAUGGACGUUGACAUCUCAGGCGGUGUUUGGCUACCCAGUGACCCACAAGAACCGCAGCUCUUUCGCUUGGAUUUUCUGAAUCUCAAGAUUGAGCAGUUUUACUUGAAAGAACUUCCAGAAAUACUAAGCGAAAAACCAGUGACAUGGCUAUUUAAUAACAAAUGUCGAGGCUGUACGUUCGUUGAGCACUGUAGAUCGGAGGCUGAAGGAACGCCUGGUCAAACACCAUAUAUGACGGAGGCAAAAGUUGAAGCGCUUCUUCCUACUGAUAUUGAAGACCUAGCCUUUCGUCUUUCGGGUCUCGCUCUCAAUGCACGGUCACUUUGGGAAUCUUUGCCAUACCAUUUUAGAAUAGCUCAUGCCCACGACGCACCUGUGUUUAUGGGAAAUUCAACCCUCAAGUUCCCCCAUUCUGUCACGCAUGAACUGUAUAUCAGCCUUCUAGUCGAUCCUGUAUCUCAGCGCAUGUACACAUACUCUAUACAACUUUACGAUAGCAAGAAAGUAGCAAUUGACUAUUUUUGCACCUCCAAAAGUAUAAGAAUGACGAACGGAGUUGCAGAAGAAAAAGAUUGCAUACAACUGGCCGAAAUGCUAGCUGAGGAUUUGGUCGCGAUACUUCGUUGGUGGCAUGGCACAGUAAUGAAACUAGUCAUGUUUUUACCCACCGAAUACGAAAAGAAAUGCCUGCAAGAUGUUCUUAUACAAUGCAUCGCUGUGGACCAGCCUAUUUCGGGUGUGGCACGGAGUGCGGCAAAAGAGGUGCUCUUGACAAUGUUUAGCGAUGGUCAGUUGCUAACGAUUGACACUGACGACAUACCGGAAAUUCUCGAUUGUAGUCAAGCAGGUCCCAAGAUAGUGAUUAUCGAGGAUAUUAUACGGGAGAACGUCGCUUUGCCUGUAUAUGGUUUCUAUCGGCUUCAAGAUAUGGCUUACUACAUGGUAAAAAAGCACAAACAUAUCAUGACCGAUAGCGAGAUUUACCAGAAAUGGGAAUCUGGCCAAUACAUCAAUCAUGAUAUGAAAAAUAGAAUGAAAAUUUACUUCAAAGUUGUUCAACGGUACAAAGGUCUUGCCAGAAACUAUCAACGCCACAUAGAACCAGGUGUCAACCUCUUCCUCCUUUCACCUGGCGAGGUGCGAAUAGCUCGUACCAGAGCCUUCAAUUCUUCAUACAUUGGAAAGCUAUACUUUUUCAAGAUGUUCGAGGCCGUUACUGCAUGCGAAAAGAAAAGGAAGGAAAGGUUCAAAGGAUUUGAAGAGGACGAAGAAGAGAAAGGAGGCGUACAUAUACUAUUCUUGGGGUUUGAAGACGUCGAAAGCCCAACGCUUAAAACGAAGAGUAAAGCUGGUAGAUUCGCAGUAAUACCACGCUGCGAUGAUGACCGACCAAUGGAUAUGCUCAAAGUGACAACCAUGUUGGAGUACAUUUUGGUGGAAAAUUCAGAUGAAGGUGCGCUGGAAGCUAUUCUGUUUCCUGAUCUCAAGUAUCGUGCGCAAAUGCAAUCUCUCCCUCUUCCAGCAUUUGACAUCUACGAUAUCGAUCCCACGAACAGUACCAUUCUUAUGAAAGGCACGUUCAAAAGGGCAUACCUGACGCAUGGCAAGCAUUACCGAAUGUAUCAAAGAUACAUUGAUUUCACUGUCGACAAGGCUUUACAGACACUCCAGGCUGUCGAUCAACGCGGAGAGGAAUCAAUAUUUGUCCAACUUCUCAAAUCUCCAAAUCUAUGGGCAAAACAAAACGUGGCCCACGUCAUCCCAAAAAACUUGCGCAGUGCAGCUCUUAGGCUACGUGACGAAUUUGGAAUGUCACCUUCUCAGCAACUCAUAUCGAAUGAAACAAUGCACCGUCGUCUACAAAUUGUCUGGGGCCCACCGGGGUCGGGAAAAACUCACUUUCUUGCUCUUUUUGUGGUGUGGUAUCUGACGUAUCUUGCUGACAAGUCUGUGCGCAUUGGUAUUACGGCGUACACAAGAGCGGCCGUUCAUAAUUUGCUACAACGCAUUGCCCAAGUUCAACGACAAAGACGUGGUGCGAAUUUCAAACUGAUUAGUAUGGUUAGAAAGGUCCCAAAAGAACCUGUGGAGGGCAUGAUAUAUUGUCAGGCGAGCUCUCUCAAUCGUCAUCUGGGUAAGGGCGCAGUCGUGAUUGGAGGCACGGUCUGGGACUGGAGUAAAGUCAGACAGACAUGGCCUUCCGAAGCCGGUUGCGACAUUUUUAUCAUAGAUGAGGCUUCGCAGCUCUUGGUGUCGGAUGCAGCCAUUGGCAUUGAAAUGUUAAAGCAAAGGGACAGUCGUUUAAUAGUGGCAGGAGACCACAUGCAGUUAGGACCAAUCCUGCAGAAUGAGUACCCUUUGUUGCAGAAAGAUCAGCCAUUACUUUUUGGGUCAAUACAACAAUGCCUUAUGCGCCGAAAGGACGGACGUGUCUGUGGCAGUGGCGAUUUCUUUUUGGGCAAAGGUUCUAGACAUGAUUUUGGACCGAGUACUAUCCAACUCAAAGACAACUGGCGUAUGAAUGAUGAACUGAACGGGUUCUUCCAACAAAUAUACGGAGAUGACUAUCUGGCUCGAUAUCCCGAUAUUCACUGUGCCUACCUAAAAGAGGUGUGGGAAGACGACUCCAAUGAACACGUGCGCCAAGCACUGGCCUCAGAUAAGGCAAUCACUCUAGUCAAAGUUCAAGAAAAACGAAACCAGAUGCUCCAAACAGAAGCUAGAGUGGUGGCGACUAUCGUGAAAUGGCAUCUGCGCUACCGAAUCGAUGUAGGCCGACCAAAACCUUAUGCUAUGAUUGUGACGCCACAUCAUCGGCAGCGAAACGCAGUUCUACUGUGGUUGAAACAAGAAGUGAACGACGGUCUGGUCAUGGUCGACACGGUGGAGAAAAUGCAAGGUUUAGAAUGCGAACUCGUUAUUGCUUGCUUCACAUUUCUCAGAGCUGAAAGCGAAUCAGCCCUUGAUUUUCUCUUGGAUUUUCGGCGCUGGAAUGUGGCGGUAAGCCGAGCCAGGUGCAAAGUCAUCGUCAUGACCACCGACCAAAUGUUGCUGCCCAGAGGCAUGAAUGUCUUUUCAAAAAAAGAAACAUCAGAGGGUUGGGGCUUUGUGUCGCUGCUGGAACAAUGGGCGUCUCAGCAUCAAGCCGUGGUUCACUGGCAAGACGAUGAUGAUGAUAGCGAUGAAGACUAUGGAGGCUUUGAUCGCGAAACCCUCGCAUUUCUUUUCCAUACAGGUUUAUUAUAAGAUAUAUUGAUCAUCUGUCCUUUAAGCUGAGAUCAUGCUCUCACGUGGAUUGAUGUGGUACCGUCGGAAGGCAUGUUCCGAGUUGGGAAUGCUCUAAUUGGACCUUCAAACAUUGAAGGGUUCGCCACAGCAACAUUUCUCACCACAACCUUUUUUUUUUUUUUUGCUUUCUUUCUUUCUUUCUCUCUUCUCUUUACUUUACUUUUGAACCCUUCUUCCUAUUGUUCGUUGACCAUGUCAAAUGGAUAUCAUUCUACAUACGAUUCCUGGGUAGACAGGCAUCAUCAUCAUCACCACCAUCAAUUUGAUUCACCC